GUCACCAUAAAAAGAGGCGACACACUUCCACUGGUCGCUCCGGAUUUAGGGUUUUAGACUUUUAGGUGCGAACGAAGAAGGAGGAGAGUAGCUUCUCAGUUUGCGUAACGAUGGCAUUUUGGGGAAUUGAAGUCAAACCGGGAAUGCCUUUUACUCACCAAUAUGAUCACUCCAAAGGACGCCUCCACAUUUCAAUGGGCACUUUGGGUUUCGGCACUGCACAAGCAAGAAGCACGUUGCAAUGCAAUGUCGGAAACAAAAGCCCUGUAUACGUGUGCUCUCUCUAUCCCGGACACACUGAGUCACUCCAACUCAAUUUGGAGUUCCAGGAACUAGUUGAAAAUGUUACUUUCUCCGUUGUUGGCCCUCGCAGCAUUCAUCUCUGCGGUCACUAUCUUGCCCCUGUCCCAAAUACCAAUAUUGCUGAUGAUUCGGAAUCAUACGGGAUAGAUAUUGCAAACACACAGUCAGAGAGAUCUGAGAACAGUGAUGAAGAUGACACCUAUGAUGAUAGUUUUAUUGACGAUGACAAUGAUCCAGAGGUUUUUUCACCUUCUCCUAUUUCCAACAAAGAAGGAGCUUCUUUUAAUAGCAGAUCAAAAGGUAAGAAAGGCAACCUUAGACUGCUGAGGAAGAAGUACCAGACAGUGGGUAGGAACGACAGCGUUAAACGGCUGAGGAAGAAGGACAAGUCCAAGGAUGGCCAAUCCAAGGAUAUUGAUAAUGAAGACAGCCUGCCAAUCUCAUCUCUUUACAAGAAUAAAGCCUCUGGAAGGGCCUUGGACCAGGAAAUGGAUGAUAGUGAUGAUGAAGGAGAAUGGGAUUCUAGGUGUCUCUUCCCAACUAAGACCAUUCAGAUGCAUAGGGAAACUGAAACCAUGGAUAAAAUACUACCUUCUGCUGAGGUAUGUCAAGGACAGGGUGAAAAGCCAAAGAAAAGGAAAGACUGUUCAAACAGGGAAACUGAAACCAUGGAUAAAAUACUACCUUCUGCUGAGGUCUGUCAGGGACAGGGUGAAAAGCCAAAGAAGAAGAGGAAAGACCGUCCAAAGACUGUGGACGAUGGUGCUCGUGACUUUCCUGAUGGAAACCUAUCCGAGGAUAGAGAAGUUAAGAAAAGGAAAAAGAAGAGUAAAAGUCAGGGAAAAGUGGAAGUUGUAAAUUCUGUUGAUUAGAUUUUUUGGGUAGAUGAUUAUAUAUAUUGACAGAGCAACCAGAUCCAUGGUUUUGCUUCUUUCAGAUACCAGUUUGGCAUAGAUUUCAGAAUGUUAGACCCGAUACUAUUUUCAAUAUUUUGAACUGUUAAGCUUGAUACUAUUUUGAUUUAUAUCAAUAGGUCGAGAAGUUUAAAAUGUA